AUGCUCCGUGGGUCUGAGAACUUUGUGGUCGACAACGUCUUUACGGAAGAGCAUUCCGACUUCGCCCGAUCAGAUCUAGGGGAGAGGCAACUGCUUGGGAUCCCUGGCACAGUUAUCAAUACCGUCAACCAGGUACUCGAGGCCGCCAUCAAUCCCAUCGGCCAAAUCAGUAGCAUCUUGUCGGCUGUGGGCGCCGAUGCCACCAAUGCUGCCGGAUUGUUCCAAGACACCCUUGACGCCAUAGAUGCUGCCCUCCCUACAGCGACGCUAACGUCAAUUGAAGAUGCGUCGAUUAUAUCGCAAGGGGUUACCAACGUCGUAGAAGCAAUCUUCGACGGCACGGCUACGAACUUCUUUGAAAAUGCCGUUAGAUUGGCCGAGAAUAGUCUAGGACCUCGCGAGCUCGGCGAAGUUCUUGAGACCUACUCGACGGGUAUCAACAGCGAGAACAACAUCAACACAGUCGAACCAGCUCAGCCCGUCUUCCCGAGGAAAUCAGCGGACGAUGCGCCCUACUCCAGAGCCGAGUCCAGUUUUCGUGGCGCAAUUUACAUCACGAACACGUUCACUUACGGCCAGAAGCCGCCGGUUAUACUAGUUCCUGGCACUGGCUCAAAGGGAGGAGUUGCCUUUACCACCAGCUACAUCGAACUUCUGGAAGGCGUCGACUAG